AUUUUUAAUCUGUUGCGGUUGGAUGCUCCUGUCUUCAGCUAAUGAUUUUGCCAAUGCGGCAAAGAUUCACACUACAACUUUAUUUGUCAAUCAUGGACAGUCGGCAAGAAUCAACUGCAACUCCAGCAGAACAGAUAACACAGAUUUGAUGGCAGUAAAUAUUCAGACAUUAAAUUAUACUCUCUGUUCACUUCGCUUUAAUGGGAGUUUAUGGAAACAACAGAACUGCAGAGAUCACGUCAAGUUUAACUGGAUUCCAGAGACUGAGGAAAUCUCAUUUGAGCUCUUAAAUUUUCAGGAUAAAAACACAUACACCUGUACUGUGAUGAGGACUAUACCACCACCACAUGUGAAUCUGGGAAUAACACAAGUCCAAGUUAUUGUGCGUCCGGUCUUGUCUCUGUUCUGUGAGAAGAUGCCUGACGGAUCUCCUAUGAUUCUGUGCUCUGUGGGAUUUCAUCGUGAUUCACUUGAACUGCUGUGGAUCAGAGAUGGAGAAUUCAUCAACAACUCGUACUCAAACAAAUCAUUUAGCCAUAAAUCAUACCUUAUACUGCCACCCCAAAUCAACAACACAGUCUACUCCUGCUGGGUAAACCACUCGUCCUUAAACAAACCACUCAUCGCUAAUUUAUCAAGCUCUGCCUGCUAUGAAAAAGAGGGUUGGGAUUUAAUGGGGACUGUAGCAGUGGCAUUUGUCAUCUCUGCGGUGUUGACUGUAAUUUUGGUCACUAUAGUUGUGUAAACACUGGUAAGUCUCAAGUGUGCACUCUGCCCUAAUCCGUCUAUAUUUAUUUUCAUUCUUAAACUAGCAUGCUUUUGUAACAGUCUAUUGCUGUUUCUCACUUCUAAGAAUGUAAAAACUUUCUUCAGUUCCUCAGAGAUCAAAAACUAUUUAAUUACUUGCCUAUAUAAAGAUAUGAGAGUGUCACUGUCCAUAUUCAUACAUCACUUGUACAAAAGAGUACCUUGUGAAAUUGUUUGGUAUAAUAUAUACCUUUGUGGUAUCAGUAAGAACCCAUUAGGCACACGUUUACCUCUAGAAUAGGUUACACCCCAGUGACAGCUCUCGUACCUUUAUUUCUCAGAGUAUACUGUACUGUAUUUGUGUAAAUGAGAAUAUAAAAAAGUUCAUAUAUGCUUUGUGAUGUUAUGAUUCUUUUUAAAGUCAA